AUGACUGUCAACCAAGGAGGACGAACAAUGAGCAACCUAGAUCCUAGAAGAUGCUUUACGUGUGGUCAACUCGGACACUUUGCCCGAGCUUGUCCGACACUUUCUGAAGCGAAGAGUCCCAAUCUUGCGCUUGUCACAUGUUUUUACUGUGGAGAAAUGGGACACUAUGCGACCUCAUGUCCGUCAAGGCCGGCCAAACUGAACUCCCAAACUGUGAAUCAUGCUCAACCAGUACAACUAGUGAAGGAACCCCCAGCAAAGAAACAAGCGACUCCAGCUAAUGUUUUUGCUUUAGGAGUAGAGCCACCCAAACCUCCAUCGCCUGCGAAAGGCCCGAUAACAGGAACAUUACUUGUUGGUGGUAACCCCACACAUGUAUUGUUCGAUUCGGGAGCGUCCAAUAGUUUUGUGACUCCCGAAGUGGCUGAUGAGUUCGGAGAAUUGUGUGAGGAGGAGGAGGUGAACAUCAAUGUCUACACCGCUGGUAAUCAACCACCGCUCAAGACCAGAAGUAUGUUUAGAGAUGUGUCGAUAGUCUUGCAAGAUGCAAAUCUUCCACCCAAGCAAAAAGGCAUAUUUCCAUCAACAAUAAGAAUUGGGAGAUCGUUUGAUGAAGGGAGCGUUUAUCUAGUCACUCUUACCGCCAUUGGAGGAGAUGACAAGGAAAACCUGGAAGUCAAGGACAUCACCGUUGUCAAGGACUAUGAAGAUGUAUUCAGGCCGUUAGAAGGAUUACCUCCGCCGAGAGUUCAUCGUUUUACCAUAAGCCUUGAGCCCAGAGCAACCCCAAUUGCUAAAGCGCCGUAUUGCAUGGCACCAGCCGAGUUAGCUGAACUUAAGACUCAACUAGAAGACUUGUUGGAAAAAGGUUUUAUUCGACCAAGUUUUUCGCCAUGGGGAGCCCCAGUGCUAUUUGUUAAAAAGAAAGAUGGAAGCAUGCGUUUGUGUAUUGAUUACCAAGGAGUCAAUAACAUAACCAUCAAGGACAAAUAUCCGUUGCCACAGAUGGAUGAGCUGUUAGAUCAGCUCAGAGGAGCAAGCUGUUUUUCGAAGAUUGACUUAGCCUCCGGCUACCAUCAAAUCUCGAUUGCAGAACCACAUGUGAUGAAGACAGCCUUUCGAACAAGAUAUGGCCAGUAUGAGUUCGUAGUAAUGCCGUUUGGACUUACCAACGCGCUAGCAACAUUCAUGCGACUAAUGAACGAGGUUUUUUCAUGA